GGCAGCGGCAGGUCUUCCGUACGGAGUGUGAGGGAGUUCAGUCGCAGGGGAUCCAGCUACACCAUGGGCUCGCCUUGGAUAGUGCUCCUCCUCGGAGCUGUAUGUGGGCUGGCAGCGGGAAGUCCUGUACAUGUCCUGCACGUCCGUCAAGCUGCAACUCCUAUCGAAUGUGGGACGGAGUCAAGGCACAUGGAUGGUGACACAUACACCGUCACUUGCCCCGCCGGUUGUGCUUCGAACGGCAAAACCGUCUGGGGCACCGAUGUCUUCACGGACGACUCCAGUAUCUGCCGCGCUGCCAUCCAUGCCGGGAGGAUCUCGGACAGUGGCGGUGACGUCACUGUCUACAAGCUGCCCGGAGAAGGCUCGUACGCCGGGACUUCACAGAACGGUGUCCAGACCGCGCCGUACGGCGCUUGGGGAGGUUCCUUUUCGUUUGCAGAAGGUCAGCCGGAGGAACAAGCUCCUGCAGUAGAUCCAGGGCUUGAGUUUAUAGACUGCAACACACAGUCCCGGCAGCUGGAUGGAGAAUCGUUUACAGUGCUGUGCCCUGCCGACUGUGCGUCUGCAGGAUCUAAUGUGUGGGGUUCUGCCAUUUACACUGACGACUCGAGUAUCUGCCGUGCUGCUAUCAAUGACGGUAGGAUACCGACUCACGGCGGAGAGGUCACAGUCUACAAACUACCCGGGCAGGACUCGUACCAGGAGUCUGACCAGCACGGGGUGCGGACCUUUCCGUAUGGCGGCUGGGGUGGCUCCUUUGCCUUCUCACAAAAUCCAGCCGAGGAAGAACCAGCUGAACAGUCCUCUGCGUACUCUGCUGACUGUAAUACCCAAUCCCGACACGUGGACGGAGAAACCUUCACUGCCAGUUGCCCGGCCGGAUGCGCUGCGAUCGGAGCGACCGUCUGGGGGUCUGCCGUCUACACGGACGACUCGGGUAUCUGCCGUGCUGCUAUCCACGACGGUAGAAUCAGUGACGCUGGCGGGGAGGUGACAGUGUACAAACAGCCGGGACAGGACUCGUACUCCGCUUCAGAUCAGCACGGGAUCCGGACGGUUGCUUACGGGACUUGGGGCGGUUCCUUCGCCUUUACAGCAGCCAUCCCACAGCAAGCACCACCGGAGCCCACACCAGCACCAGGACCACCUAUGAUGGACUGCAAUACGGAACCAAGACAGCUAGAUGGCGAGAGUACAACUGUCCAGUGUCCCGAAGGCUGUCUUGAGUCAGGAAGCACCGUGUGGGGGUUCGUCAUCUACACGGACGACUCGAGUCUGUGCCGUGCUGCUAUCCAUGACGGCAGGAUCCCAGCCAGCGGUGGGGAGGUGACUGUCUACAAACUACCCGGGCAGGACUCGUACCUGGCGGCAGAACAACAUGGGAUAACUACCAGGGAGUACGGAAGCUGGGGCGGAUCCUUUGCCUUUUCUCCUGAUCCAGUCGUCCCCGAGGUGGAGGAACGUGCAGAUACCGUUGACUGCCAUACUCAAUCCAGAGACAGGGAUGGCGAUUCCUACACGGUGAUUUGUCCCGCAGGCUGUGAUUCAGGAGCAACUGUCUGGGGUUUUGUGAUUUACACAGAUGACUCGAGUAUCUGCCGUGCUGCUAUCCAUGACGGUAGGAUCACCAACAGUGGUGGAGAGAUCACUGUCUACAAAAUACCCGGACAGGACUCGUAUUUAGGGUCUGAGCAAAAUGGAAUCCAGACUCUCCAGUACAGCAGCUGGGGCGGUUCCUUCGCCUUUACACCAGAUCCUGUCAUGCCGCAGCAAGGGGAAGGGGAGCAGGAGGAGCCUGAGCAAGGUUCUAUUGACUGCCACACGGAAUCAAGGCAGUUGGACGGCGACACGCUCACCGUGACGUGUCCUGCCGGCUGUUUGGCGGGUGCGAGCACCAUCUGGGGUCUGGUUAUCUACACUGAUGACUCGAGUAUCUGCGGCGCCGCUAUCCAUGACGGCAUGCUCACAGACGCUGGUGGGGAGGUGACUCUUUACAAACUGCCUGGACAGGACUCGUACCUGGGGUCUGAACAGAACGGGAUGCAGACUAAUCCGUACGGCAGCUGGGGUGGCUCCUUUGCCUUCUCGCCUGAGCCUAUCAUACCGCAACAGGAACCAGCUCAAGAAACCGUGACCUGCCACACACAGUCUAGGGACAUGGAAGGGGAAUCCUACACAAUUAGCUGUCCUGCCGGUUGUGCUGAGAUGGGAGGAACAGUCUGGGGUAAAAUCAUUUACACAGAUGACUCGAGUAUCUGCCGUGCUGCUAUCCAUGACAGCCGGAUCCCCGCUAGCGGUGGCGAGGUGACUGUCUACAAGAUCUCCGGACAGGACUCGUACCAAGGUUCUGACCAGAACGGCAUCGAGACUCUUGGGUACGGAAGCUGGGGCGGUUCCUUUGCCUUUACUGCAGAUCCAGUCAUUCCACCUGAAGAACAACCAGAACCACAGGAGCCCGGAUCUGGAUCCCCCACCGCGGACUGCAAUACGGAAUCACGUCAACUGGAUGGUGACACUGCCACUUUGACUUGCCCUGGCGGCUGCAAGCAAACGGGAGGUGCUGUGUGGGGAACUGUCAUCUACACAGAUGACUCGAGUAUCUGCCGAGCUGCGAUUCACGACGGCAGGAUCGCAGACACGGGUGGGGAGGUCACCAUUUACAAACUGCCUGGGCGAGACGCUUACAGGAGUUCCGAGAAGAAUGGAAUCACCACUACAGCCUAUGGCAGUUGGGGUGGUUCCUUCGCCUUCACAGAAGAUCCAGUAAUACCCGAGGAGCAACCAGGUGAAGACACGGUGACCUGUUCUACAGAGGCGAGAGAAAUGGAGGGGGAGUCUUUCACGAUUGUUUGUCCCGCGGAUUGUGCGUCUACUGGGGCGACUAUUUGGGGAGAUGGCAUCUAUACAGACGACUCCAGUGUGUGCCGUGCUGCCAUCCAUGCCGGACGGAUUGAAGACAGUGGUGGAGAAGUGACAGUCUACAUGAUGGACGGCCAGGAUUCAUACGAAGGUUCCGAGUCGAACGGGGUUUCCAGUCUUCAUUACGGAAGUUGGGGCGGAUCCUUCGGGUUUACACCUGGAAACGAAGAAGGCGGACAAGAAGGAGAGGGAGGGCCCGAAUUCACAUGCAGCGUGUCCUGUGAGAAUGGCGGCGUGUGUGUGGCUCAGGACAAGUGUGAGUGCCCUGACGGGUUUGGUGGAGAACACUGCGAGUCAGAAAGCAGGGUAGGUCCGGCCGAUGGACGACCAGGGAACAAGUGGACCCUGCCGAACAUGACCUGUAUGUGCUACUUCGACUACAGCCGGUCGGACUGCGGCUGCUGUGCGCCCGGCGCCUGCCAGUGCACUGACGAACACCCAGACCUGUGUGUACAGUGUGGAUACGGGCACCUCUGCGGAGUUCUCGACGCUGAGGAGGCUAUAGACGGCUGGACGCUGACGGAGACCGGGUGCGCCUGCCCGUGGGGAGAGCCGGGUAACACGGCCUGCGCGUGCUGCAGGAACAGGGGCUGUCUGUGCGACCAGGCACACCCCAACCGCUGCUCACAGUGCGGCAGGCCUUACGACUGUGGACUCACAGGAAUCGGGUGGCCAUGAAGAAACAAUGAUCCAGACAAACGGACUACCGAGAUAACGGAUAAUUGGACAAGUCUUACCAGUAGAUUCUACACGUAAUAUAACCAAGGCUAUGGCUACAUGUAUCAAUAUAGAUAUGCUCAGUUCGAGCACUUUAAAAUUUGUGUUGACACCAGGUAGUCUAUUUCUUUUGCUUACGUGUGUUGAGAAGAUUUAAUGGGCAAGUGUAAUAAUAUAAGUGACGUAGACUUUUUUCAAAUAUCUAUAUAGCUACACAAAUCCAAUCUUGACGGUACGUUUUUCAUGAAUGUGCUUAUAGAUUUUUGUGUAGUGUAUAUUAUAUGGGCUCUAUUGUUAUCGAUAGAAAUCAGUUUAUAUUCUACGUGUUUGACUUUUUAGGCAGGUCUUUACUUGUAACUUGUCACACCCUAUCGACAGCUUUCGUUUCUUCCUUAUAAAGUACUUUUCUUAAAUAUCUCAUGGUCCUAAGCCGAUACUUUUAACAGGUAUCCUAGCUAAACCCCUGUACUUUCGUCGUGACGACUAUCUUUACUUCUAUUCAGGAGAGUGGGUUAAGGCAUCAUUACCAAAGCAUUGUCUAUCGUAUUGCAUUAAAAAUGGAUGACAUAUACAGCAAGUUAACAACAUUACUACUACUACAUGUACCAGCAAUGUAUAACAUCACAUCUGUACAAUACAGUUAUGUCUUUCCGCAA